GAGAUUUUCUCACAAAUGUCCAUUGCUUGCCUCUCCGUGUGUUUUGGCCGGCGUAUUGAUGUUGCUAGAGCGUUUGCUAAACCGAGAGCAAACGCGCGUUCAAUAGCAACACCAACACACAGGCACGUGGAGCGAUAACAACAUUGUGUGCAGGAGCAAAACUCACAGCCACAAAGAGUGAAAACUAUAUUGAGCGCUUUAAUCUUUUUUCGCGUACUUCGAUCCUCUCAACGUGUUAGAGAAGGAAUUGAUUAACAUUUUCGCAUUAUUGCGAGGAAAACUGCUUUUUUUUAAAUACCCUCCAACAAACCCCAACCCUGUGCGGCUGAUAAGCGGCACAGCUUUCACACCAGCCCUGGCAAACGUCAUCCGGGUGUGAAACGUAAACAAAGGCCCACCAAGCACGGCAGCAGUACAGUAGGCGUAGCAAGCACAGAAAAGAGGGCAGCCUGCCGAUGGAGCUGGAACCGAGCAAAGUGGUGGACUUUCACUAUGAGUACACGAACGUGGACGAUAAGCCGGCCAAGCUGGUGUACGCGAUCGAGAUACCGUACAAGGGCAGCGUGGCCGAGCUGAGCCACCAGAUCGUGGCCGUGCGGAUGGAUCCAAUCAUGAAGUUUCUGAAGGCGGACCGGGAGCUCCUGCCGACGCUGCAAGCAUUUGUCGAGCGAGAAAAUCAAAGCUUCUACGAUGAGCGGGACGAGCUGCUGCUGGACAAAUUUCGCCACGGGUCGCCCGACGUGGAUGGCCUGGCGCUCGACACGGAGAAGCUGUACCGCGAGGAGAUACUGGAGUUUGCUGAUCGCGUCGGCCCGACGGACGAGGAGAUCUUUGCGCAGAGCUACCAUCAGCUGGUCCACUCGUCGCUGCUGCCCGAGAUACUGGCGAAGGAGCGGGAGUACGCGCGCACGAUCGCGAGCCUGACCACGCAGAUGACGCAGCAAAUUACCACGAUGAACACGCUGCACCAGGAGGAGAUCGAGUCGAAGAUUAAGCUGCUCGACAUAUCGAUUACGCCGGAAAACAUCAAUCACAUGCUGGCGAAGCAGUACGGAAUGCAGAACAUGAUCCGCAAGCAGUGCGAAUCGGAGCUGGAAUCGACGCGGGGGCACCAGAAGCACGAGUACCGGAACUGGGUGACGCAGCACGUGGAUGAAAGCUUUCUCGGCCAGUCCGAAAGCCCGACCCAGAUCGGUAACCGGUGGUCGAUGAUCUCCACGCAGGCACCCUCGAUGGAGGAAAGCUUCACCAUCCAUCUGGGGUCGCAGCUGAAGCACAUGCACAACAUACGCAUUCUCAGCACGCGAGUGGCUGACCUCUGCAGCCCGCUGUACGGUGACGCCUCGUUCGGGGGACCGAACGUGGCGCUCGGACUGUACUCGAGCUCACUGUGCGGCAUCGUGGUGCUGACGCCGUCCGGUACGAUAACGCCGGAUCGAGAAAUCCGGCGCAACGCGAACAUGUCGACGGAGUUCCAUUUCGAGCAGAUCGAUCGGCAGAUCGAGAAGAUACAGGAGGACUUGCGCAACCUGCAGCACGGUCAUGCGGUUGAGGCCGGCGGUGCGCAGAGUCUGGCAGCUGCGGCCGGGCGGCGACCGGAUCGCACGGUGGUGACGGUGAAACCGGGCGAUGCAUUCAUCACACGCCACUCGAACCUGUCACACUCGCACGUGAUCUUUCAUCUGAUAUCGGACGAGACGUUCCAAAGCCCUAGCGAAAUCAAUUCCCGCCAUCCGGUGAUACUGGGUCUGCGCAAUAUAUUGAAAAUUGCUAGCAGACAUGACAUUACCACGCUGACCAUUCCCGCUUUGCUGCGGCACGAAAUGUCCGAGGAUAUGACCGUUAGCUGGUGCAUUAGGCGAGCGGAGUUGGUGUUUAAAUGCGCCAAAGGGUUUAUGAUCGAGUCAGCCAGCUGGGGUGGGGCAGAGCUCAACACUUUGCAGCUGCUGCUGCCGCACGAUAUAUCCGAGGAGCUGUUCCGAACGCUGGCCGACAUGGUACCGCACGUGUUUCGUGUGGCAAAUCCCAAGAUUCUGCAAUGAAAUGAUACAUAUUGCAUCGAGAAUCGUUUAUUGGUUGAAAGUUUGCUAGAUUCUUCACAAUUAGCUACCCGCAAACAUUACGGUCACCGUAUUGGGAAGGAAUCUCUGUGUGGUAAGGAGCGUGUGGUGUACUGAAAUAUUUAAAAUUCCGUAUGAUAUAUUUCUAACUAGAGAAUGAAAUAUUUCAACUGGUUGACUUUUGAAAUUUAGAAAGUAUGAGUAAAUACCAAAUACCAUUAAAGGUGGAUUUAUAAAAAUUAUAUAAUAUCAAUUAAAGGAUAUAUGCAACAUAAUGGAUUAUUUUGUUAAAUAUUAGAUAUAAAAAACAAGUUCACAACAAGCAGCCCUUUUCCUUUCAAUAAAAAUUAGUAUUAUGUUACGAUUCCAAUAGGAAUUAUGUACAUCGCAA